AUGGGUCCGCUCGACCGGAGUGAUUCUACGGACUCACAGAAAACCGGCAUGGGAGCAGGUGCGAAUGGGCCCGGUGGGCGACGAGCCCUAGAACUGAUUCUGAGUGGAGGGCUCAAAUCCUUGGCACGACCAGCGAAGCCAGUCCGCAGGGCUGCCUCGAGGGACUCCGUGCUGUCGCAACCACAGCCCUUACUUGAAGGUCUUCGGAAAUGCUCGACAGUACUCGCAUUAACCGACCGCGAGAAGUCAUCAGAGCCUAUAAGGGCUCAUAAUAGACUACGCGCGCCCUCCGUCUGCUCCCGUUGUUCCUCGCUGUUGUCUCUCGCUGGUGCCGGAGGCUCAAGGUAUUCUCUAGACGGUGCUGGUAGUGGCUUCGUGCCGGCAGCGCCCAUCAACUGCAAGCUCUGUCUAGAAGACGCUACUGUUGAUAAGGUCACCCUUAUCUCCGGCUGUGGAUGUUCCUUCUGCACUAAGUGUAUGAAAGCGUACGUGGAAUUUGAAGUGUGCAAUGGAGCGUACGAAGUAUCGUGUCCAGAUGCGAGAUGCAGAGUUGGUGCAGCACUCAAUUUGGAUGAGAUCUCCGAUCUGGUGGAACCGGCAGUCAUGGAGAAACAUCUCAAGUUUAGAUUGAAUCAUGAGGUGGCGAUGGACGCUGGACGUGCGUUUUGCCCUCGCGUGGGCUGUGACACAGUGGUGCAAGUACGUGCGGCUAGCCCAGCCCACUGCCCAACCUGCCGGCAUGACUUCUGUUCACAGUGCAACCAGGAGUGGCACGGAGGUCUAUCCUGCGAAGCUGCAGCAGCGUCAUCAUCCAUGGGAGGUGCUGGUGCUCCAUUGUUGCCUGACUCCGAGCUCAUCAAGCUGUGCCCAAUGUGCAGGGUGCCGAUUGAGAAGGACGAGGGUUGUGCGCAGAUGAUGUGCAAGCGAUGCAAGCACGUCUUCUGUUGGUACUGUUUGGCUUCACUUGAUGAUGACUUUCUGUUGCGGCACUAUGAUAAAGGACCUUGCAAGAACAAAUUGGGACACUCGCGCGCAUCUGUACUAUGGCACCGUGCACAGGUGGUAGGAAUAUUUGCAGGCUUCGGACUGCUGUUGUUGGUGGCCAGUCCGCUCCUCUUGUUGGCAGCGCCCUGCAUCGUCUGUUGCAAGUGCAGACUCUGCAACCCCAGCACGAAGAAUCUCGAGGAGGUUGACGAGAUAGAGAGCAUAAGUCCGACCCGGGACGAAGACCGGGACCAGCAACCGGACCGGUACCUAUCCGACUGACGCCGGCGCCGCGACCGUAGGUACUAAACCAUCACAACCGAUCAUACUGGCGAAAUGUACUUCGACACUCCAGUACUUAUACACUGUACCUAGGUCCUAGGUACUAAAAAGUGAAAAUGAACACUAAAUACAGAGACAUAAGAACUAUUUUCUCCACGUGUUAAAACUAAUAGUUUAUGAUCCGAUUCAAAUGUUUUUCGACGUAUCUUUUCCGUAUUUAUUGAUGUUGAUUAUUGUAAUAGUGAUCUUGAUAUAGUUGACGAGCAAGUAAGAGCUUCGAUUCCCAUUUAAAAUGUUAUAUUUAUCUGUAAUAUGUGUCUGUAAAUGUGACAGAUUGUCGUUAACAGAACUCUUUGAGUAUAAGUGAAUUAAAAAAGGAUGACAGUUGAAGAUUUGUGAUAAUAAAAUGUGAACUUUGCCUCUGCUAGAUAAAGAAAUAUUUUAGAUCUAAAUAUAAGACAGAACAUUCGCCUCUUUGUGGCUAAAUUAAUGUAAAUUAAUUAACUGUACUAUGUUUAAUAUCUCGUUUAUUUGACGCGCUAGUAAAGAGCAUGACUUUUUUUUUCAUAGGGGAAUCUGCGUUGGAUAAUUCAUGCAUUCAAAAUUGCACUAAAACUGAUUUAUCCGCAUAUACUACGCAAAAAAUUCAUUGACAUUGUCACCCUGUAUAAUCUGUAUUUGACCAUAAAAAUGACAUCUGACAUUUCAAGUGUCAUGGCGACUGUGAAGUUUCCCCCCAAAAUAUUGCUCUGCUCACACAAUACCUACAUUUAUGUUUGUAAAUCAAUAGAAUUUAAAUUAAAUAAAUAAUAUGUAUAUUAUUAAACUGGAAUGUAAAUAUUAUGUAUAUGUUCAGCCAUUAUUCUUUUAUGCAUGUAAUAUAUUGUGAUUAAGUGACAUUGACGUUACUUUGCCAAUUCGCUUGACUGUCAAGAAUAGGUAUGUGUACUAUAAAUAUAUUAAAACUAUAAUUGUACGUGAAUAUCCUGUUUAUUGGUGGAAUGUGAUAAAAAAGUAAUCUUGAUUUGACUGUCAUUCAGUCUGAGACAGUAUAAUUAUGAGUAAUUUAAUGCUAUGCCACUAGAUGGCAGCAUUCAUCAUUUUGACAAGAAAAUUAGAAAAUUAUGACGUGUCGACGUUUCUAUGACUAAAAAAACUGACUACAUGACGAUGAUCGUGACUAUGGACUUUUUACAUCAACUUCAUUUGAUUAAAAUGUUUAAAAACGAUUUAGGAUUUUUGCUUGAUAACAAUAUUGAGUACAAAAUAAUUUGUUUUUUUUUAGUACUUUUGUUUUGUUUUUGUUUGUUGUUGACUGAGACUUAAUAAUUAAGCGAUAGACUGAUGAAUGAUCAUGAUUAUUUGGAAAGUUAUUUAAUUACUAAUAUUGACCUGAGGGUGGAUUUUUAUCGAAAAAUUAUGUAGUAAUCUGAAGAGAUACGGGCAGUCCAAUAAUUAUUUGUUCUGAAGCUAUGUGGCGCAUUUUUAACGUACUUAAUUUUAUUCAAGUCUAGAUAAGCGGCCACGGAAGUUAAGAUAAAAAUUAGCAAAAAUAUCACUCUAUAAGAAUGUUACAAGUAAUAUCUCUGAUGCAGUAAAUAAUGGGUUCUCAGUAAAUAAAAUUUAUAAUAAUUUUAAUUGGAAGGUUGCUCUUUUGUGCAGGACUGUACCUGAUCGAAUCUGAUUUGUGACUAGAUCUGACACGACUUGUAAUAAAAAAACAACAUCUUGAAGUCUUUCAAAUUCUUAUAUUUAUAAAAUACUGUAUGUACAUUAUUCUACCAAUGUUUGUGUAUAUCAGGACAAUCCUAGACCUAAUUCCCGCCUCUAUUUUCUAAAGAUAACUUCUUAAACAUAAAUGCACACAUAAUAAAAAUAUUUCAUGUUUGAAAUGUACAGUUAUUCCGUAGACUUUUAAAAUCAGUAGCCACUCUGAGUUCUCGUACAAACAUUUCUUAAUAAAAUCUUUAAUAAUAUUUAUUAUAUCUUUAUUUGUAUGCAUAGUUGAUAUGUGAUUAUAAAUAAAUACAAUAUUGUUAGCAUAGAUUUAUGAUACGAUACAUAGAUAAAAAAAUCUAAAUCAAUGAAAAUGGAGGGAAAGUUGAAAGUAAGUGUAACUGCAAUGCAGUGUGACAAUGCAUGAGAAACCUUUUUAAUGAUGAUAUCUGUCACUUGUGAUGGCUUGCCGGGAGAUCUUUUACAUAAGUUGAUGUUUAAUGAUUUGAGCCAAGUUAAUCUCUGGAACCCAACUCCCACCGAUUUUAAGACUUAUCUGUACUACAAAUACUACAAAUACAGCUUUAAAUCGGUCGGGGUUUGGUGUUGUAGCGCUUUAGCUACGUGAGCGCUGCGGUCGGGGCAAACAAAACCGCCCAACUACCCGCUACCCGCCACAAUAUAAGGCAAGAAAACGUAUUUUUUAAAAACGGUUUGUCUGUCUUCUAUAACCGACCGGGGCGCUCAAAAGGUAAAAAACAAAAUAGUUCCGGUCAUUGUAUAAUCGACCUCCAUAUUGCACACUGCUCCCGCGCCGCGCGACAUCGCGGGGCCAUAACAUUAACUUAUUAUAGUACAUUAAAUAUUUAUGACUUUACUGUAAAUAAGAAAUAAUAUUGUACUUAAUUUUAUAGUUCUCAAGGAUCGAUGACGUCACUUCUUCCAUUUAAACUUUUAAUUGUAUUGAAAUAACACUUUUUGUCUAAAGAGGUUUUUGGCGAUGUUGGUUUCCAUGUUGGAUUUUCAUCAUUGUUUUUGUGUCUUUGCUACAGAUGUCGCUAGUGUGAGUAGGGAACAUGAAGUUCUGAACAAAAUGGAAAAAAUCCUUUGUUAUUAUAACAUGGAUUUUAUAACAUAUAAGCAAGUUGAUAUGUGCCUAUAUCUACAGACCUAGUUCACUAAAUGAGACUCGACUUAGGUGAAAAUUCAACAAGGAAAGGCUCGCCCCUCCCCUAGGUGUAUGUAUUUUUUUUAAUCUGAUAUUAGACUCCAUCGAUCCUUCGUAGCUUGUUGUAGCAAGCUAGUAAAAAGCAUUUGUAGAAUUAAUCAGAAAUUGUCAGUAGGUUGAAUAGAUGUGAUAGGUAAUUGGAUAUUAUGUACUUGCAAUACAACAAAAAGCUGUGUUUGUAUAUAAAAGGUAACUCUUUCUAAUUAAUAACUUGGAAGUGACUGAAAGUGGUAGAAAAAUGUUAGUUAGUUAAGGGUGUCUAAUUCCUGCUUGCGGCCAGGCAAGUUGAUGGAAUGCCCACUUAGUAUAGUCCACGUUAAUAUAGCGUGAGACAACUUUUAGAGUUACAAUUAAAUUCUUAGUUUCAUGGCAUCUAUGUACAUAAUUUUAAAUGUGGAAUCUGUUGUGUUGCAAGUGCAAAAUAACCCUAAUGUAUCUCAUUAAGUUGAUGUAAAAUGACUUGUCUACGAUAUUGAAAAGACUUUCAUUUUUUUUUAUUAUUAUUUUCCUUUUUAUUGUUUAUGGUAGGUGCAAAUAUAGCGUAGGAGUUUGGUAGUGAUAUUGGCUGGUCAAAAGAUUGAAUACACAAAUAAAGUAUACAAUAUUUGCAUUUACCAUUAUAAAGAUAAAAUCGGCAUUGUAAAUAAGAAAAAGAAUUUUAUUUUUUGUUAUUGAUUGUACUUCUUUAUUUUGUGUUGAGACGAGACGACGUAUUUCCGUUAAUAUAAUUAUAAAGAAAUAAUAAAGAUUUUUCUGAUGAAUCUUA